AUCAUUUUCUCACAUUCUCAUCAAAGCAUAGUUCAAUUUAUAUUUCUUCCAAGCUUGUUGAAUCAUGGCUCUUCGUGGGAAGCUAGAGGUUGACAUUGAACUCAAGUCUAAUGCAGACAAGUACUGGCAAACCAUAAGAGAUUCUACAACUAUAUUCCCUAAGGCCUUUCCACAUGACUACAAAAGCAUUGAUGUCCUUGAAGGAGAUGGCAAAGCUCCUGGUUCGGUCCGCCACUUCCAUUAUGCCGAAGGCUCGCUGCUUGCAAAAUCGUCGAAAGAGAGGAUCGAGGCUGCUGAUGAUGAAAAGAAGACAGCGACCUAUUCAAUUAUUGAAGGAGAUCUUCUCCAGUACUACACAAAAUUCUUGGGACACAUAGCUGUUAUACCGAUUGGAGAAGGAUGUGAGCUGAAAUGGACUGCUGAAUAUGUCAAAACUAAGACUGAUAUUCCCGAUCCAACUAUUGUCAAAGAUUUUGCUAUCAAGAACUUCCUUGAGGUGGAUGAUUAUAUUCAACAACUAGCAUAGAAAUUGAAUGCAUUUCAUGAAUUGAAGGACAGGCUAGUUUAUUUUAAUGAGUCAGUCUUUCAUUGUUGUUGGCUUAAUAAAUUGUUGAAUCGUAUGUGUAGUAGUAGUAAAUAGUAAUAAUGAGUCUGUCCUUUGUUAUCCUUCGUAUUUGUGUAGGAAUCAACUUGAACUAUGUGAUAUUUAUUUGUGUUCUGAA